GCAGGUCAAUAUGUUUAUGCGUGUCGACAAUCAGCGCAUAUAAAGACGCGAGUGGGAAAAGCCCAAACACACAUUCUCAAACGGCGGGCACUCUCAGCGACAUGUCCAAGAAGAUUGACGAGCAAAAGAAGAACGUUGUCAUCGUCGGCGGAGGUGCCGCUACAACCUCAGCUAUACAGAGCCUCGCGAACAAGCUCGACCACGCGCAGUACAACCUCAUCUUACUCGAUGCGCGACCGUACUAUGUACACAACAUCGCCACGCUACGCAUGACCGUCUCCGAUGCGGGGCAGCUCGAGGACAGAGCGCUCAUGCCCUACGACCGGCUCCAGAACGUGACCUUUGUCCAGGGCAAGCUUGUGAAGAUUGAAGAGACUACCCCCGGCAAGGGCGGUGUACUCGUCCUCGAGAACGACGAACGUCUCGAUUACACAGCCCUUGUCCUCGCGACGGGCUCCCAGUGGAACGGUCCCCCCAACCUCGGACACUCAGACGAGAAGGUGCGCGCAAAUAUCGAGAUCUGGCGCGAGAGGUUCUCCCAGGCGAAGAAUGUGGUCAUUGCGGGCGGUGGUGCGGCCGGCAUUGAACUUGCCGGCGAGAUUCGUGAAGCACAUCCGAACACCAAGGUCACCAUCGUCCACAGCGAGACACACCUGUUGAACGACGUCUACCCUGAAAAGCUCCGAAAGAACUUAGAACAGAAGGUUCUCGCCCAGGGGAUCACUCUCAUAGACCAAGACUGUAUCGACGUCUUCCCCGAUCCACUUUUUGUCACCGAUGUCGUCACGCGCAAGGGCAAGACGAUCAAGGAUGCCGAUCUUGUGGUGCGCACCUUGUCCCCUCGGAAUUCCACUUCGGCGUGCUGA